UCUGUCUCGUAUACCAAGAUGUCGGGACUUGUUACUAGAAUCCGCAAUGGUAUACCCAAACCUCAUCUACAUGCAGCGGGUACAGAAGAGGUCAAGGGCCAGGAUAUGUGGCUCGAUAACGAUGAUAUCAGUGCUGUAGCCACCGUCUCAAACUGGUAUGCAGCAUCUUCAGCUCAAGCUCUGGGAUUGAGUAUGUGGGAGUCAAUCGCCACUGCUUUGGGAGGACAAAUUCUCAUCGCCAUUGUGAUUGUCUUCAACGGCCGUGCCGGAGCAAAAUACCACAUCGGCUUUCCUGUGUUGAACAGAGCUGCGUUUGGAGUAUUCGGAGCAUGGUGGCCCACAUUCAACCGUGCUGUUAUGGCCAUCGUCUGGAAUGGAGUCAACGGUGUUCAAGGAGGCCAGUGUAUCUACGUGAUGAUACAUGCCCUUACACCAAAGAUUGCAAAUCUCAAGAACAUCAUGGGCGAAGGAUCAGCCAUCGGCUCUGGAGAAUUCAUCGGCUGUGUCAUCUUCUGGCUCGUCACUUGUGCUUUCCUGGUCAUUCCUGUGCCCAAAAUGCGAUCACUCAUCUACGCCAAGCUUUUUGUCUUCAUCGUUUCAGCAAUUUCCAUGUGCGCAUGGACCUUGACAAAAGCAGGUGGUGUUGGAGCUAUCGCACACCAAAGGGGUACCGCGACUGGAUCAGAGAGGACAUGGCUCCUUGUCCGAUUCUUCUUCUUAGGUGCGGCGAACUGUGCGACUUUUGCAUCCAACGCAGCCGAUUUCCAACGUUAUGCUCGAAGGCCUAACGAUGUUAUCUUGGGCAACCUUGCUGGCUUCCCUCUGAGCAACUUCAUUGUCUGUAUCAUUGGUAAUCUUGUUGCAUCAGCAUCGCAAGCAAUCUAUGGCGAAGUCGUCUGGAAUCCUCUUACCUUUCUUGACAUGCUUCAAACAACAGAGUACAGCUCUGUUAAUCGUGCAGGUUGCUUCUUCAUUGCCGCUUGCUUCGGAUACUCAGCAAUCUUCUCAUCAAUCUUCGAGAACUCUCUACCCGCUGGCAACGACAUUGCGGCGCUGUUUCCAAAGUAUCUCACAGUUCGCAAAGGCUUCUUCAUCUGUGCUGCUGUCUCCUUUGUCAUCAAUCCAUGGUAUCUGCUGGGCAGUGCAGGCAUCUUCAUCUCCUUCCUCGCCUCGUACCAGAUCUUCCUGUCUGCAAUUACUGGUGUCCUACUUUGCCACUACUACAUCAUCUCGCGCGGCUACCUCAAAAUCGACGAUCUCUACACAAGCGACAAGCAUGGUGUAUACCACUACUUCCAUGGCUGGAACUGGCGUGCUUAUGUCGCCUACGUGAUCGGCAUCAUACCCAACUUCUACGGCUUUCUUAACAACAUGGGAGUCUCUGCACCUAUGGGUGUCACCAAAUCUUACUACUUUGCUUAUGAGAUUGGGUUGAUCUUGAGUUUCGGAGUCUAUUGGGCUUGUUGCUAUUUCUAUCCUCCCGCGUUGGUCAUGCCUCUGGGAGAAUGGCAUGAGCCCAAGGACUAUGUCAGACCUGAGGAGCGGGCCGAAGUACUUGAGGGUAUGCCGGCAGAGACUUGGGGGGAUAACGUAGAUGGUGUUUCUAAGGUUUUCCAGGAAGAGGUAAAGGAGCUUAGAUGA